AAGAAUUAAGUCUGAUGCCUUGGCCGGUAACAUCAACAGUGAGGACAAACCCAGCCUGCAUCUCUCAUUCCACACUAUGUCCAAACCUACAUUCACAGGGUCCUGAUUGUGACAGUGGAGCUCAGUUUGCACUGCAGGAUUCAGAAAUGGCAUCAGUGAAGCUGGAAGACUGCAGUCAAACACUGGAGCUGAAUGUCAUCAUAAAAGAUGAAGAAGAGGAGGAGAAGAUUGGGAAAUCUGUUAAUGAUGGAGACCGUGUUGAGACAUUCUCUUCAUCGAGAGAGCAACAGCAGGAAGAUCACAGAGCGAAGAGGUCUCACCACUGCCCACAUUGUCAGAAGAUUUUCCCAUUUCUAUCAAAGCUAAAAAUACACCUAAAAAUACACACAGGAGAGAAUCGGUAUUCCUGUACUGACGGUGGGAAGAAUUUCACAACAUCCAAGGCUUUGACAGUUAAUCAGAGAGUGCACACAGGAGAGAAGCUUUACUCCUGCUCUGACUGUGUAAAAUGCUUCACAACAUCAACUUGGCUAAAAGUUCAUCAGAGAACACACACAGGAGAGAAGCCUUACUCCUGYUCUGAUUGUAUAAAAUGCUUCACAACAUCAGCUAAGCUAAAAGUUCAUCAGAGAACACACACAGGAGAGAAGCCUUACUUCUGCUCUGCCUGUGCGGCGAGUUUCUCUAUAAUGUGCAACUUAAAACGACAUGAACGUAUACACACAGAGAAGAUUUACUCCUGCUCUGACUGUGCGGCGAGUUUCUCUCUACUGUGCAAAUUAAAACGACAUGAACGUAUACACAAAGGAGAGAAGCCUUACUCCUGCUCUGACUGUGGAAAGAGUUUUUCUCGAAGGGGCCACUUAAAAACACACGAACAAAAACAUACAGGAGAGAAGCCUUACUCCUGCUCUGACUGUGGAAAGAGUUUCUCUCUACUGGGCCACUUAAAAAUUCACCAAUAUAUACAUACGGGAGAGAAGCCUUACUCCUGCUCYGACUGUGGAAAGAGUUUCUCUCGACUGGGCCACUUAAAAACACAYGAACAAAAACAUACAGGAGMGAAGCCUUACUCCUGCUCUGAYUGUGUAAAAUGCUUCGCAACAUCAACUGAGUUAAAAGUUCAUCAAAGAACACACACAGGAGAGAAGCCGUACUCCUGYUCUGACUGUGUAAAAUGUUUCCCAACAUCAACYAGGCUAAAAUUUCAUCAGAGAACACACACAGGAGAGAAGCCUUACAUCUGCUCUGACUGUGCAGCGAGUUUCUCUCUACUGUGCAACUUAAAGCGACAUGAAAGUAUACACACAGGAGAGAAGCCUUACACCUGCUCUGACUGUGCGGCGAGUUUCUCUCUACUGUGCAACUUAAAACGCCAUGAACGUAUACACACAGGAGAGAAGCCUUAUCACUGCACUGACUGUGAGAAGAGAUUCUACAGAUUGGGCCAUUUAAAAAGACACCAAUGUAUACAUAAAGGAGAGAAGCCUCAUCAGUUGUCUCAGACCAGCUGAGAUUAGACACUCCACUGAAUUAUCAUGUCUUUAAAUAAUUGGUAACGAUGAAUUGGAUCAAAUGAAGACAGCUUAGAACACUCUAUUGUAAACCUAUAGUUUCUCACUGUGAGAGAACUGUGCAGAGGAAAGGGAGUGUUAUAGAAUGUUAGCAUCUCUUUACUUUACUGAUCAGUGUGCACCUGGUCAGUUUUGGUUAGUUUUGUUAGCUUCUACUGUAAACAUAUUAAGAUGACCUUGGAUUUGCUCUUAGGGUUGAAUAUCCUCUGUGAGACUUCUCACAAUGGAGUUUGAUGGCUGACUGGGUGGUACUGCUUCCCUCUGCAGUUCUCUGUGGGAAUGAGCUAGUAGACACAACAUACACUGAGUGUACAAAACAUUAACGACAUCUGCUCUUUUCAUGACUUAAACUGACCAGGUGAAUCCAGGUGAAAAGCUAUGAUCCUUAAUAAUGUAGUUUUUGUGUAUUUAUUAUGGAUUCCCAUUUGCUUUCAGUAGAAAACAAGAAACUGCAGUUAAGGACUGAAAAGCCUGGACAAUGGAAAAUGUUAAAAACAUUGCCUGGUCUGAUGAAUCCCGGUUCCUGUGGUUUCAUGCUGAUGGGAGGACUAUGGGGCGUGGGGUGUAUUUUCAGGGCACACAUUGGACCCCUUCAUUAAAAGUUCAACAAUGUUUGAAUGCUACAUAAUAUCUAAAUAAUAAUUGCCAAUCAGGUGCAUCCCUUCAUGGCAGCAGUGUAUCCUUCUGCAAAUAGAUUUCUUCAACAGGAUUAUGCCACAAGGCUUGUCCAGGAAUGGUUCCAAGAACAUGACAGUGAAUUCAGCUYACUGCAGUGGCCUGCCRAGUCACCAGAUCUCAAUCCAAUUGUGCAUCUGUGGGAGGAGAUGGAACAAGCUAUUCGGAGUAGAGAUCCACUUCCAGCCAACUUGCCACAGUUGUGGGAAGCAUUGGAGUCAACAUGGGCCAGCAUCCCUGUGGAACACACAACACCUUGGACAGUCCAUGCCCCAAUG